AGGUUUUGUUAAUGGGCAAGAGUGGCUCGGGGAAGACGAGUAUGAGGUCUAUCAUAUUUGCGAACUAUAUCGCCAGGGAUACGAGAAGAUUGGGUGCUACCAUUGACGUAGAACACUCACACGUUCGAUUCCUCGGCAACUUGGUGCUCAACCUGUGGGACUGUGGAGGUCAGGAAGCGUUCAUGGAAAACUACUUUGCCUCACAAAGAGAUAACAUCUUCAGGAAUGUUGAAGUACUGAUUUAUGUAUUUGACGUGGAAAGCAGAGAAAUGGAGAAAGACAUGCAUUACUAUCAGUCCUGUUUGGAAGCUAUUUUACAGAACUCUCCAGAAGCGCGGAUAUUUUGUCUAGUGCACAAAAUGGACUUAGUACCGGAGGAGCAGCGCGAGGAGAUCUUCAAGGAGAGGGAGGAGGACCUGAAGAGGCUCUCGAAGCCUCUGGAGUGUACCUGCUUCAGAACUAGUAUAUGGGAUGAAACUUUAUACAAAGCGUGGUCGAGUAUAGUCUACAAGUUAAUACCCAACGUGAAAGCGUUAGAGUCGUCACUCAAACAGUUUGCGGAGAUCGUGGACGCAGAUGAGGUGCUACUAUUCGAGCGUGCAACGUUCCUAGUAGUAUCCCACUGCCAGCAGCGCGCGCACCGCGACGCGCACCGGUUCGAGAAGGUCUCCAACAUUGUCAAGCAGUUCAAACUGUCCUGCUCCAAGCUGGCUGCUCAGUUCCAGAGCAUGGAGGUACGCAACAGCGUGUUCGCAGCGUUCAUAGACGGCUUUACAAGCAACACGUACGUCAUGGUGGAGAUGUCAGACCCCAAGAUACCUUCGGAAGCGACCCUCAUCAACAUUAGGAACGCGCGCAAACACUUCGAGAAACUAGAGAAAGUGUCAUCAAGUGCCCCCAGCCAGUACCAAUGA